CAAGUGCAUCUGUUGCUAACAUUUGAGUUAACUGUUUAGGUGUCAGCAUACAGAUUUGCCGGGCACUACUACUAGAUAACGCGUAUCUAUAUUGGGGUCUGACGAAAGGAAAUUAAUCAAAAUACAUUCAAAAUGCAGCCUGCAUCAGCUAAGUGGUAUGACAGAAGGGACUCUGUCUUUGUUGAGUUCUGCGUAGAAGACAGCAAAGAUGUGCAAGUAAAUUUUGAAAAGUCAAAAUUUGGUUUCAGCUGUUUGAAUGGAGCGGAUAAUGUCAAACUUCAGAAUACAGUGGACCUUUUUGGAGAAAUUGACCCAGAUGGUUCCAAACACAGACGCACUGACAGGUCUGUGUUGUGUUGUUUACGAAAAGCAGAGGCUGGGAAAUCAUGGCCACGACUUACCAAAGAGAAGACAAAGUGCAAUUGGCUGAGCGUUGAUUUCAAUAACUGGAAAGACUGGGAAGAUGACUCAGAUGAGGACUUGUCAAGUUUUGACAAAUUCUCAGAGGUAAGGAUUCAAACAUGUACACUGCAAAAGCAUGUCAGCAUGUCCAAAUGUACUGUAAUGUCAAUAAGUUGGUUCUGUGCAUUUCUGCAGAUGAUGAACAGCAUGGGGGGAGAUGAUCUACCCGAUUUAGAUGCUGCAGAGGAAGAGCACGACUCUGCAGACAGCGACGAUGAAAAAAUGCCUGACCUAGAGUAGAUGAAUACAGAUGUCGCCUCAGAACUGAAAGCGUGUUAUGUCAGUUGAAGAGAGACACAAGACAUGAGUUGGCAGCCAUGUUGGAGAAGAAACCUCGUCUCUCUACGCAGUUUCCAAAGUGAAACCCUUCGAGGGAGCGACAGGGAAGGACUGUUUUAUACAGACAUGCACAGAGAACCAUAGGGACAUACAGUGCUGUGCUUUGCUGUUCUGUUCUGCAUGGACAAUUCUGUUCAAAUGAAAAUGUUAAUGUUCAUUGACUUAAACGACUGUAAUGGGAUGUGCUGAUGUCUUACACCUUCUCUCUCUCUCUCUGUUUCCUUUUUUCUUUCUCUUUUUUUUUUUUUUUUGCUAUGUCAGGUUAUGUAUUGAACAUUGUGAUUUCUAAUCCAAAAGAAAAAAAAAUCAAAAUGCCUAUUUUCCAAAAAAAGUAGAUUUUUUAAAUGAAAGAUUUUUCCCUUUAAUGUUUGUAUUGUAAAAUGCACUUAUUUUGUUUGUUAAUUUAAAAACGAGUUAUGCUAGAAAUUGGGUUUUCAAUGUAUGCCAACAUCUGCAAAUAUUUAACAAUUUCAUUUUUAAACAUAUUUCAGCAUCUAAAAUAAACAGAUAUGCUUGUGCAAUUCCCAGCUUGUGUUGAGAUCAUGAUAUCGGAGUGUAAAAAUCUGCAUAUAGUUGUACCUUUGCCAAUGUGCACGUGUUUUUCUAUGCCAGUGUUCAAGACAGUGGAUGCACAUUGUAGCAGGCACAACACGUGUGAUAUCUUCCAAGGGUGAGAGAAAAGAUCCUGUUCAAGAGUUUCCCAGAUAGUUAACAGGUUAUAAAUGUGUGUCACUUUGCUUUGGAGGCUUGUGUGUUUGAUGCAACAUCUGUUGAACACUUCUGUGUUUGUCUCAUUCUGUUGGAGUUUGGGUAUACAUUUCUAAUAAAGCAUUCAGACC